AAGUCAUUAAUAUAUACAAUCGCACAACUAUAGAGAAAUAAAUAAAGCUUGCAUUAAGAAACGGAAAAUAGCAGAAAACAAUCCUUAGUAUCUUUUCUGAGACUCAAUCAAAUAAGUUGAUACAUAUUAUCAAUGUCAUCUGAUGAAUAUCAUGGCAAAGACAUUUAUCGGUACUCAAGAAGAAGUUGUAGAAAGAGUCACAAGGAAACACAAGAAACUGAAAAAGAUAGUCCGCGGCUACAUACGAAUAUCGUAAUAUCUGAGAUGUCGCCUAGAAACGAAGACAGAAACGAGGGAACCUGCCGUAUAAGUGCACCUGGAUGCAGUUGUGAUUUAGAUCCCAACGGAGACAUAGCAAAUAUUUUACACAAGAAAUGUCCAGUUAUCAAUUUAGCACAACAGCAACUACAGCGUUUAUUAGAUGAAACUGAUAAAUUGUUAUGUGAUAAUACAAGGUGCUGCAGAUCUGUUUACGACUUCCUUUGUAUUUGUAGAGACAUAUUCAUGAAGCAGAACAAAUGCCGGUGUGCAUUUGUGGCUCUCGUCACUGUUGUUUUUAUUGCCGGCGUAUUGGUUGGCGCUGGCACUUGUGGUUCUUAUCUAGGAAAAUUCAACAGUCCCAUCCUUACUUGCAUAGAUAAUUUCUUUAUCCCUGCCUCUUACUCGACUGUGAGAGAUACUUACCUAAGCAUAACUUAAUGUAGUGUUGUAAUAAUGGUAGACGCAUUACUUACUUCAAACGCUUGAAUAGAAUCCAACUUUUUAAUUGAACUAAACAUAAACUAAGGUACCUAUAGAAGCCUAGAUUAUAUCUGGCCCAUGCCGCGUAUCUCUAUGCAUGGGUAAGUAAUAUAAUCAUCAGUCUAGGGCCCGAUCUAAGGAGGGUAAAAAUAAGAGGAUGGAAAAAAAUUGAGGAAGUUCUCAAUUUUUCUUAAUUUUUCGUAAUUUCUUACGAAAUAUGAUACAACUUUCCAAGACCAACAAAACAAAGAAUUGAGAAU